AUGCUUUUUGACGAAUUUCUCGAGGAGUCCCCAAUCUCUUGCAUUCAAGAAAUAAAAUUGAAGGUGAUUGAGGGAUUUCCCAACGACGAAACUAAUAAGGUGGAUAUUCACAAGGGGGUCAAAAAGAUAUUUGAUCCUGACUACGAAGAUUCUGAGGAGGAAGAUGAUCUGAUGGGCGACGAGGACACUGGCCUUGUCAAUAAGUUCGGCCAGCCCGAUGGAUGGGACUCGGACGAGACCGUUGACGAGUCCAACGACCGAAGGAACGACAUGGAAAUAGACGGUGAACUCGCUUCUGGUGACGAUCGCACCCAUGACGACGACGACGACAAGGGCGAGGCGGAGGAGGAUGACGAGGAUACUGACGAAUCGACCAAGGAUUCUGUCAUUCUCGUGGAAAGUACUUAUGAUCUUACGGAUACUGCAAACGACAAAGACAACAACAACAUGGGCCUGAAUACGGAUGAGGCAGUUUCCGAACUGACCGGUGUUACUGGUGAAGACAAGGACCCUGAAUUGGCAUCUCCGCCAAGGAAGAAGGGACGGUCCCACAGGGUUUCGGUACACACUUUUGUCAGGCAAUAUCCAAAUGCCCCGGCUGGUGGGCUGAAGCCAGUGUACGACCCAUCACUUGGUGGUUCUAUGCCCCAGCUUCGGUCCAGCAUGCAGAAUCUGUUUUCUCUUGGCGACCUCGACGACGCCGACGAUGACGAAGCUUCCUGGUCUCUUCACGAGUACUUUCUUCGCCUCGCGACACAGUGCCCCACGGUUGUGUUUGAUCUCGCUGCGGCCCAACGCGUUAUUAAAACUGACGAAAAGUCGCCUCGCUUUUGGGAAUUCGCGCUCGUGUUCGACCCAACAUUAAUUGUUCAACGCGCCGAGCCGUUGACUUGGAUGUGGCUAGCGGCAUCCGAAUUCUUUGCUCAUCCUUGGACAGGCCCGGCCAUUAUUCCUCCCAUUGUGAAGGAAUUCGAGCGACUAGAAAGAGAGUCGAAAAUAUCUAAGGCUCAGUCCAAGUCUACGAAGCGCCCUGCAUCUACUCCAGAGAAUCCAAAAGAUGCAACUCCUCCUCGCCAACAAGUGAUCCUGUCUGACGCCGUCCACAUCAUUGCCGGCACCCCAACAGGAACACAGGAAGCCAGUCUUCCAGCUGACGACGUCGCGGUUGCCAACACCCACCGUGGGAGGACCAGUGCGGAAAAUGGAGCAGAGGAACACAAUAGUGCCCCGACCUACAGGGACACUGUUGCCGCUCUCCCCGCUCCCAAGGUUCCUCUCACCACCGACGAACGAUUGAUGCGCCUUCUCGCUGUCCAUUGGAAUGCAUCUCCCUUUCGGCACAUUACCAUCUUCAAUGUGUCCGUUGUCUUUGAUUGGCAGGGCGUCGGUUCGUCCGAGUUCAAUCAAGUUCAGACUGCCUACAACGCCUUCCAUCAGUUUGCCUCCGGUAUCUGGGGCGAGAUCACUUCCACGGUCGUCCUUCUACCUUUUGCUGAUGGCCGAUUCACCCGACAACAACUGUGGAUCCGGAACUUGAAGGAGUUUGAUUCUCAUUCCUACGACGAGAUCGCUGCGUUAAUCCUGUCUGGCUUGAAGGCGUACGACCCAUCACUUGGUGGUUCGAUGCCACAGCUUCGGUCCAGCAUGCAAAAUCUGUUUUCUCUUGGCGAUCUCGAAGAUGCCGACGACAACGAAGGUUCCUGGGCUCUUCGCGAGUACUUUCUUCGCCUCGCGACACAGUGCCCCACGGUUGUGUUUGAUCUCGCUACGGCCCAACACGUUAUCAAAACUGACGGAAAGUCGCCUCGCUUUUGGGAAUUCGCGCUCGUGUUCGACCCAACAUUAAUUGUUCAACGCGCCGAGCCGUUGACUUGGAUGUGGCUAGCGGCAUCCGAAUUCUUUGCUCAUCCUUGGACAGGCCCGGCCAUUAUUCCUCCCAUUGUGAAGGAAUUCGAGCGACUAGAAAGAGAGUCGAAAAUAUCUAAGGCUCAGUCCAAGUCUACGAAGCGCCCUGCAUCUACUCCAGAGAAUCCAAAAGAUGCAACUCCUCCUCGCCAACAAGUGAUCCUGUCUGACGCCGUCCACAUCAUUGCCGGCACCCCAACAGGAACACAGGAAGCCAGUCUUCCAGCUGACGACGUCGCGGUUGCCAACACCCACCGUGGGAGGACCAGUGCGGAAAAUGGAGCAGAGGAACACAAUAGUGCCCCGACCUACAGGGACACUGUUGCCGCUCUCCCCGCUCCCAAGGUUCCUCUCACCACCGACGAACGAUUGAUGCGCCUUCUCGCUGUCCAUUGGAAUGCAUCUCCCUUUCGGCACAUUACCAUCUUCAAUGUGUCCGUUGUCUUUGAUUGGCAGGGCGUCGGUUCGUCCGAGUUCAAUCAAGUUCAGACUGCCUACAACGCCUUCCAUCAGUUUGCCUCCGGUAUCUGGGGCGAGAUCACUUCCACGGUCGUCCUUCUACCUUUUGCUGAUGGCCGAUUCACCCGACAACAACUGUGGAUCCGGAACUUGA